CAUGGACUUAAGCAUGAAAACUAAAGAAUGUAAUAAAGGAAAGAGACGCCGAAAUAGAACGAUUUUUAGCGAAAAAUCUAUUAAAGUUCUUGAAGAAGCGUUUAAUAUAGAUCCGUAUCCAGAUUUUGAACGAAGAGAGAUGUUAGCUGAUGAAACAGGAAUAGCAGAAGCUAGAAUUCAGACGUGGUUUCAAAAUAAACGCUCUAGAGCUAAACGCACUACUAAACAACCGAAAGCAAUUAAAAGGCCUACAAAACCGGAAUCUCCCCGAAACGUAGAAGUUGAAAAGCCUACGCAAGAAAAAAUUGAAAAAUCUGCUGAUAUACCAUACUUUCCCGAACGUCUGCCACUUCAGUCGGUUGAAUUUUUGCCGAACUUUCCAUCUCGACUGCCUCUACAAUAUUCUCCAACCUAUCCAACCGUCUCUCCAUUUCUUUCAUGGCCAAGAGCAUUCUGCGAUUUAUCAACUGUUCAAAGAAACUAA